GGGACGGCGGCGCCGCCGGAGCUGGAGGCAGCGGCGGGGAUGGCGGCGCCGCCGGAGGGGCAGGAGGCGCUGUCGCGGGGCUUCUCGGAGGAGCAGUUUGGGGCCGCUUGCCGGGAGCUGGACCAGCCGGCGCCGGCCGCGGCGGGGCCCUGGCAGCUCCUGGUGGAGACCAUGGGCGUGCGGAUCUACCGGCUGUACCACCAGCAAUCAGGACUUUAUGAAUAUAAAAUCUUUGGUGGUCUUGCUGACAUUCCCCCAAAAUUGUGUGCAGAUGUCUACAUGGACUUGGAUUUCAGAAAAAAGUGGGAUCAGUAUGUUAAAGAACUGUAUGAGGAAACAUAUGAUGGUGAAAAAGUAAUCUACUGGGAAGUGAAGUACCCUUUUCCUCUCUCAAACAGAGAUUAUGUCUAUAUCCGGGAGAGCCGGGAGAUGGAUGUGCAGGGGAGGAAGAUCUGGGUUGUGUUGGCAAAAAGUGUGGCUGUUCCUCAGUGCCCUGAGAAGCCUGGCAUUAUCAGAGUUAAGAGCUAUAAACAAAGCCUGGUAAUUGAAAGUGAUGGCAAGGCUGGAAGUAAAGUCUAUAUGUACUAUUUUGAUAAUCCUGGUGGCAUGAUUCCAACCUGGCUGGUCAACUGGGCUGCCAAGAGUGGUGUGCCUGCUUUCUUGAAGGAUAUACAAAAAGCUUGCCUUAAUUAUUCUAAGACACAUGGGUGUUGAAAUUGAUUUGAAUAAUUUAAUUCCUAGAUCUCUGCUCUUACAGGAGCAGAUGUUAUAUAUUACACUGGAUAAAAUCUACCUCUAAUAUUGGAAAGAAUUCUAUUUUAGUUUGAGUUAUGCCUUGAGUUUUAUUAGAUUUUUUUUCGACUGAAGAGCUGGCCACUGGCAAAGUAGCACCAAUAUCAGCUGCAGCUUUUGAAAAUACUCAAGUUUUACCUUGUUCCCCAUGCUUUGCUUAUGCUGGUUGUCAGGUAUCAACUAGAGGAGUUCUGUGCUGGAUAUGUUACAUCCUUGCACAAGAAACAAUCUUACCAGAAAAAUGUCUGAACUUGGACUUAUCUGCAUGUGUUAUGCCUGGAUCUGCUUUUGCUACCCAAGUUUGUCAUUCUUAAACUCUCUGCCUGAUAUAAACCUAAAAAAUGCUGAGGAAUGAGGUAAAUUACUAGAAACGUGCAAUAGGAAGUCUGUGAUGCUAAGCUCCCUUAAAUCCAGCUGUAAAAAGAUCAAGCCUGAAGCCUUGCAUUCACAGCUCCGUACUUCUGCAUGAAAUGUAAAAACUUUUAUUUGUGUCCAGCUAGAAGAAAAAGGAGGUGACUUCUUGCAUGUCUGAUUUAAGGGGAACAAGUUUUAUCUCCAGAGUCAGUAGCCUUAUCUAUAAAGCAGCUUGGACACCAACUUGAAACUGGAGGUAAUUUUAAACUGGGUGCUUGCCACUGAAUGUGGAUGAGCUUGAUGUGGAACUUGGGCUUGCUUGCAUUUUUAAAUUUAAUGCUGAUAUAAAGAAUGGAUGGGGACACACUAAAAGCUUAACUGAGCAGGAAAUUAAAUUUCCAGCACCUUUUUUGGGGGUGGGGUGGGUGGAGGAGGGACAGGGAGUGCAUAAAGGAAUGAGAGGACGCCAUUCUCAGGGAUUUAAAAUAUUCAGCAUUUUUCCUAAAUCGAAUCCUGUUUCUGAAUCAGUCUGGUAAUGGAGUAGCUUUGUGUUGUAAAAAAUAAACAAUUGAAAUGAUGCAUUUACACCUUGUGUGACUAUUUCCAAUAAAUCAUUAUUUUGUCCAUGUA